AUGGUCGCCGAUGCCCUUAUCUACCACCCGGCCGUGAGCCACUACAAUCGCUUCGUCGCGACAACGAUCGGCCGCGACAAAACCCUCCGUACCAUUCAAUACUUCUCACGCUUCCUAGCAUGGUACACCUACCGGACCAACCACCCGGCCAAGACGGUCGCGACCUACGAGGCGAUUAAAAAGACCUUUGGUUCCGUCCGCAAAGCCAUGCGCCUCGGUAAAUUCGUGGAGCAUUUCAAGGCCGCCGCCGUGGCCGCAGAUGCCAAACCGGGCUCUAUCGACCCGGUCCUCAAAUACCUCGCCGUAGGUCGGCAGCUGGGGUAUGCAUUUUAUAUCUUGCUGGAUAAUAUUGCAUUCAUCGAUCAGAGCGGGAUUAAAAAGUUCGAGGGGGCAGUGAGGGCGCAGCGGGAGGCGUACAGAGCGUGGUUGGCUGGUCUGCUAUGUAAUGUGGCCGCGGGUUUGUAUACCACGUACCAAUUGCAGGCGGCGCAGAAGAAGCAGAGAGAUGGCCAAGAUGCGGAGAAGGCGGUUGAGGUCAAGAAAUUGCAGAAGUGCGUCACCUAUACUGUGAAACGUGCAGUUGUACUGACACGCAUAAACAGGGACCAAGCAGCAGCACGACUUCAGCUCAUUUCGGACCUCAGCGACGUCACAGUACCUCUCAGUGCCCUGGGCCUGGCCAACUUGGACGACGGCAUUGUAGGUUUGGCGGGGACUUUGAGCAGCGGUAUCGGUCUAUUGGCGGCGUGGCAAAAGACUGCUUGA